ACAGACAGACAUCAUUGAUAUAAAAGCCAAGACAGAAGCUGGGCAUAGAUUGACUUCUGUGUGGUAUAGACAAAUUAGUUUAAAAAUUAAUGAAAUUUGUGUUUUUGAUGUGACCAGUUAUAUAGUUACUAACAGUAUAGAGGAGUUUUCAUAGCUUGCUGAUGAUGUUGAAAGUAUAUUUGGCCUGACACAUGACAACUUUCCUUUAAGGUAUGAAUUAAAGAACUGUUUUGCUAUUUGAAAAAGAAAACACUUCUGUAGAAUGUUAAAAUGUCAGCACAGAAGAUAUGCCUAAAGCUCCUGAACAUUUGAAUUGUGUCGAAUGUAACUAUAUAAAACUUCUGUCUGCAGUCUGCUCAGGUUACUAAAGAUAAAUGCAUCAUAGAUUCAGACUUUGCCGCAAGGUUCCAUUCCCACACAGAAGUACGCAUGCUCAUUUUUUCCUGAGACUGCAUGAAGUCGGAGCAUUCCAGUUUUUCUUUUAAGUCACUCUUGUGGUCUCAGCAGCAGUAUAGAAUGGGGAAGUUUGGUUGCUUCAAAGGCUAGUUCUUGAGUGGUGUCUUAAAGUACAGAUAAUAUUUUCCCUGUGGUUUUAAAAGAGAAACUUUACUGUCUAGAAUGGAUAUCCUGAUGUUAAAAAUUAUCUGCAUCCUAGUUUUCUAGAAUCUGGCAUGCUGUCAGAGAUAGAAUUAGCCUUACAGAUGGCAUUUGGCAACAUAUCUACAUAUCUCUAAGCUCUCAUUCUCCUGCGUUUUCUUCCACCUGUCUGUCAAUUACAAUAUCCAAUCACUGUUCAGAGAUGAAGAAAUGGGAUGAUCACAGCUCACACGAUGCUGUUUGGCUAGAAACGUCAGUGCUGCAACAACCCACGGCUGAGUCAGUGUCUGUGAGAAAAUGAACUGAAUUAGUAUAUAGAGGGGGUUGAAUCUCUGAACAUUGAAAGCCUAAAUAUCAGCAACAGCAUUAUUACUCAAUACAGGGAGGGAAGCUAAAGCAAGUCUGUGGCCAGGUGAGGUAGGGGGAGGCUAGAGAAUUUUCUGGUUGUUCAGAAGAAUUUUGAAGAUGAUGGAAAUAUCAGAUGUCCUAAAGUUUAUUAGUAAUGCCCAAGGAUGCUGACUUGGCCUUCAGUGCUGCAUUGUUUGAAAGAGCAGCAUCCCUUUAUACUCUGAUUUCAAAUUUUUUUUCUUGUUUUUGUGUGUCUACCUUGGCAUGUACUAAAGGAAGUACUCCCUCACGUGUUGCUAAAGGAGGAAUCGACCCCACCAAAAUGAGUCUACAUGGUGCUAGUGGGGGGCAUGAGAGAUCAAGAGAUAGACGAAGGUCAAGCGACAGAUCACGAGAUUCAUCUCAUGAAAGAACAGAGUCGCAACUCACUCCUUGUAUUAGAAAUGUUACUUCUCCAACCCGACAGCACCAUGUUGAGCGAGAAAAAGAUCAUAGUUCUUCUCGUCCAAGUAGUCCUCGCCCUCAAAAAGCCUCCCCAAAUGGUUCCAUGAGCAGUGCUGGCAACAGUAGCAGAAACAGUAGUCAAUCAAGUUCAGAUGGCAGCUGUAAGACGUCUGGGGAAAUGGUAUUUGUAUAUGAAAAUUCAAAAGAAGGAGCCCGGAGUAUAAGAACAUCAGAACGAGUGACAUUAAUAGUGGAUAACACUAGAUUUGUUGUAGACCCAUCCAUUUUCACUGCACAGCCGAAUACAAUGUUGGGCAGGAUGUUUGGGUCUGGCCGAGAACACAACUUUACACGCCCCAAUGAGAAGGGAGAGUAUGAAGUGGCUGAGGGAAUUGGUUCCACAGUGUUUCGAGCUAUCCUAGAUUACUAUAAGACAGGAAUUAUUCGUUGUCCUGAUGGCAUAUCUAUUCCUGAACUGAGAGAAGCAUGCGAUUAUCUUUGUAUUUCUUUUGAAUAUAGUACUAUUAAAUGUAGAGAUCUCAGUGCCCUAAUGCAUGAGUUAUCAAAUGAUGGUGCUCGUCGACAAUUUGAAUUUUAUCUGGAAGAAAUGAUCCUCCCACUCAUGGUAGCUAGUGCUCAGAGUGGGGAAAGAGAAUGCCAUAUAGUGGUGCUUACAGAUGAUGAUGUGGUUGAUUGGGAUGAGGAGUACCCACCACAAAUGGGAGAAGAAUAUUCACAAAUUAUUUAUAGCACAAAAUUAUAUAGAUUUUUCAAGUACAUUGAAAACAGAGAUGUGGCCAAAUCAGUUUUGAAGGAAAGAGGUCUUAAGAAGAUUAGAUUGGGAAUAGAAGGUUAUCCUACCUACAAAGAAAAAGUAAAGAAGAGGCCUGGGGGCCGCCCAGAAGUCAUUUACAACUAUGUCCAAAGACCCUUUAUUCGAAUGUCCUGGGAGAAGGAAGAAGGGAAGAGCCGGCAUGUAGACUUUCAGUGUGUAAAAAGUAAAUCUAUUACCAACCUGGCAGCAGCUGCUGCAGACAUUCCCCAGGACCAGCUGGUAGUCAUGCACCCAACUCCACAAGUGGAUGAGCUGGACAGCCUUCCCAUUCAGCCCCCUUCUAGCAACAGUGACCUCGAUCCUGAUGCCCAGAAUCCAAUGCUGUGAUGCUGAUGAUCCUUGAAACCAUAGCAUGCUACUCUUCACAAUGACGGUGUACUCCUCAUUCUGCACUGCAAGGCCACUCUUCUUCAUUGUGAGCUGCACAUGUUUAGGAUAUUGCAGUGUAGGCUUUUUUAAAGACCAAAGGUAGCCGAAUGGUUUUUUUUUAAACGAGUACAACUUUAGCAUCCUGAGGUUCUAGUUACAUAAACGUAUUUGUUUACCAGUACGUUUGUGAAAUUGGUUCUUUGUAUGUGGGACAGUCCUUUUUCACACACAUCUAGAUCUUUUCAGAAAUGGUGGAAAUUGGCACCUGGGGUACUUCAGUGUAGAUUGAUAUUCAUCUCACCUCAGAUAAAAUGCAGAAUAUUAUGUAGUUGCACUUUAUAAAUGGUGGUCAAAUGGAACUGUUCAAGCCAUUUUAUAGUUGUGAUGCACAAUAUAACUUAAAUAAGUGCUUCUAUAAAAGUAUUCCUUCAGUAAAAUGUGUAUAGUUUGCCUGUGAUGAGCAAAAAAGUGAGUAUUUAUCUUGGGCUUAUUUGAAUGACUAGGGUGAGAUUGCUGCUCAUAUCUUAUCAGUUCAAGUGAGUCAAGUGCAGGGAGUGUGAACAACAGAGGUGGCUUAUUAUCCAGUCUGCCUUACCCUUAAUCUGUUCACAGAUAUUUAUUUACUAAUGCUUUUUUUCUUAAGAGUUAUGGGAUAGAAAAAUGAAGUGUUUGCUCUUCAUUUACUAAAUGAUUGUAAACUCAAGUUUUUCAUCAAAAUAAAAUUCCAUUGUUUUCA